GUUACACUCCUACGCUCCGUAAACAGUGAGAACUCUCGCCCGGCAUAGCUCAGUUUCCGAACGCACGCCGCACCGACCAGACGCGUGGCGUGUUAACCAAAAUUACACCAUCUUGCCCCCAAAACAGUGGCUGUGAUACCAUAGUGAUAGUUUUAAUUGUAAGCUUAUUGGAACUUGUUUAGGUCAAAGCAGACGGAAAUGUUUAUAGACGAAAACGAAGUGCCGGAGUCAUGGUGGGUCUCCCUGGCGCUGAAGGCGAUCCGAGCGGUCGCGCUCGUGUUCGACGUGCUCACGUUCCCCGUGCACCUGGUGCUGCAGCGGCCGUGGCGCAAGAGGGCCAUGUCCCGCCGGAUCAAGGCCCGGAUAAUCCAAAGCAGCAGCGACAGCGUGACCGUCCGCUCCGUCGCUGAGCCCACCGAGCUCCACCUCCGCAUGGUGCGCGACAACGUCCUCAGCAUGGAGGGCAUGCUCCGCGCCGCCGCCGCUCGCUGGGCUGAGAAACCUGCACUGGGAACCAGGACGGUGCUAAGUGAAGAGGAUGAACCACAACCUAACGGACGGGUCUUCAAGAAGUUCAAGAUGGGGUCAUACACAUGGCGGUCGUACACGGACGUGGAGCAGGAGGCGACGCAGUUCUCGGGCGGGCUGCGCGAGCUGGGCUGCGCGCCGCGCCGCAACGUGGUCGUGUUCGCCGAGACGCGCGCCGAGUGGAUGGUCGCCGCGCACGGCUGCUUCAAGCAGAGCAUUCCCGUGGUAACCAUCUACGCGACCCUCGGCGACGACGCCAUCGCGCACGGCAUCAACGAGACGGAAGUGUCCACCGUCAUCACCACACACGAACUGCUCCCCAAAUUCAAGAAGAUCCUGGAUAAAACACCCCUGGUCGACACCAUCAUCUACAUGGAAGACCAGCUCAAGACAACUGAUACUAAGGGAUUCAAAGAAGGCAUUAGGAUUGUUGCAUAUAAGGAUGUUCUGGAAAAGGGAAAAUUCUCCAAGAUUGAGUCGGUCCCGCCAUCGGCCGCGGAUACAGCCAUCAUCAUGUACACAUCGGGCUCCACCGGGGUGCCUAAAGGCGUCAUCCUGUCGCACCGCAACAUGCUGUCCACUCUCAAGGCUUUCGUCGACGCCGUGCCCAUUUAUGAAAGCGACGUGCUGAUGGGUUUCUUGCCGCUCGCGCACGUGUUCGAGCUGCUCGCCGAGAGUCUUUGCAUCAUCGCUGGCGUCCCGAUCGGUUACUCUACUCCGCUGACCAUGUUGGACUCGUCGAGCAAGAUCAUGAAGGGUACGAAGGGAGACGCCACUGUGCUCAAGCCUACCUGCAUGACCACUGUACCUUUAAUCAUGGACCGCAUCAGCAAGGGCAUCACGGAUAAAGUAACCCGCUCCGGACCCAUGGCGGCUGCCGCCUUCAAGUGGGCCUACACCUACAAGCUAACGUGGAUGCGACGUGGAUAUGAUACUCCUCUGCUUAAUAAAUUUAUGUUUUCUAAGGUGUCGGCGCUGCUGGGCGGGCGCAUGCGGCUGAUGAUCUCGGGCGGCGCGCCGCUGUCGCCCGACACGCACGCGCAGGUGCGCGUGUGCCUGUGCUGCGACGUGGUGACCGGCUACGGCCUCACCGAGACCACCUCCUGCGCCACCGUCGCCGACGCGCACGACCGAUCCACGGGUCGCGUGGGUGCCCCCACCACCGGCACGGACAUCCGGCUCGUCACUUGGGAGGAGGGCAACUACCGCGUCACCAACAAACCUUUCCCGCAGGGUGAGAUUGUAAUUGGUGGUGGCAGCGUGGCCGAAGGCUACUACCGUAAUCCGGAAAAGACCCGGGACGAAUUCUUUGACGUUGAAGGCCGCCGUUGGUUCCGCUCCGGAGACAUUGGGGAACUGCACCAUGACGGAUGCAUUAAGAUCAUCGAUCGUAAGAAGGACCUGGUGAAGCUGCAAGCCGGCGAAUACGUCUCUCUAGGCAAAGUCGAGGCCGAGCUGAAGACCUGCCCCAUCGUCGAGAACAUCUGCGUGUACGGAGACAGCUCCAAGAAUCACACCGUGGCGCUGUUGGUUCCUCAUCCCCAGCACCUUGCUGAACUGGCUGCCAGGGCCGGCAUCUACGAAAAAGACUUCGACAAACUGUGCAAGAACCCCCAAGUGGAACAGCUGGUGGUGAAGGAGCUCGCCGAGCACGCCAAGAAGUGCGGCCUCGAGCGCUUCGAGGUGCCCACCGCCGUCAAGCUCUGCACCGAGGUGUGGUCGCCCGACAUGGGGCUCGUCACCGCCGCCUUCAAGAUCAAGCGGAAAGACAUUCAAGACAGAUACAAGGAGGACAUCAAGCGCAUGUACGCCUCGUGAGGGGCCCGCUAGGCCGCCGGCCGCGCACUGCGGGUGUCGCACCAGCACCGGGGCGAGGUUAAACCUAGUUUACAUUCAUCUAAUAUAAUUGUUAUGUCAUAAUAAUUGCUGGAGAAAUUCCUUGUCGCUGUGACAUCGGUCGGGACGUUUCAAACUUGGUAUCGAAAGUUGUUUGCGAUGCAGUUGAAUGUGAACGAUUUUAUUGUACUAUUCAUUUAAUUCGAUGACAUAUUCGAUAUUCCUUGUUAUAAUUUCAUCAUAUUUUAUAUUCGUUAGUCGAGAUAGUAAAUAGACAGUCUAUAUUUAACAGUGAUCUAAAUUCUAACUUAAAUUUGCGUGAAAAAUACUUAAACUAGGUUUAACUUUACGAUCGCCGUUUUUAUGCUAAGUCUAGUGUUUCCCUGACGUCCUAGGUCUUUGAAAUCAAUAGUUAAUUCUCUUAUCAUCGUCGGAACACUAGACGUAGCUGUAGGAUACUUAGAUAUUGAAUCGGGUCAUCUGCUCACAUUUCAAUAUGAGAUAUUGUAAUAAAGACAUGUGAGUAUAUGAUUUGCUUGUAAAAACUAGUUUCGUGUCAAACUAAUUAAUGUACCGGUACCGACAAAUUACCGGUAAUUUUCUGCAGUACCGGAAAUUCUACAAGUAGCCACGCGUCGGCAGGUCCGCGCUGUCUUGGCAAUUCGAAACCAUAAUUUAACAACUUAUAUGUCAUAACAAAUGUAUCGCUACUGAUAUCUAUUAGGCAAAAAUGGCUUGUUUCAUAAAAUCCAAUAGUUUUGCCAUACUGAUUCUAUUGUUGAAGGCUACUUUAUGAACGAUAGAGGGCCUUAUGGAUUCUCAUGUCAUAACCAUGAGCUUACAGCGUCAAAAUACCGUAAACCUGAACCAAACCAUCUAAUAUAUUAUGAUAUGACAGGAACCAUUCCAGUGUUAGAUAAACUCAAGAACGUUUUAAAUGCCAAUUCUACAGAGUCAUUUAAACUAAGCUUGCCUAUCGUAGAGAUCAGUACCCGUACCCGCAAGGUUUCGUGCCCAUAGUCGGCGAUUUCUGUACAUAGAUGUUAUAAGAAAGAUUAUUAAAUGAUACGAGAAGCGCCUCUGUGAGGCGACCGCUGUUGUAUUUAUUUAUUUCAAUCGGGAACGUUAAAUUACUCUCGUGGUAAACGGCCCUCGGAACCGUUAGGAACUGUACAGAUUUCUUCAAUGUAGUUUUGUAUUUUGUAAAUUAUUUAUGAAAAUAAUAGGUAGCUUAGCGGACCGACUAGGCCUCAAUUUUUAUAGAAUUAUUUGUAUAUCGUGCACAUCACAUUACUUAUCUUUUUUUAGAUAUGUAAACGUUUUAAAUAUUUUAUGCCAAAUACAGUGUGUAAAGAACGAAAUAGCACCGUAGUAAGGACUGUUUAUACUCGGGGACCUAUUUUAUAUUAGAUAUUUCUUUGAUAAUUAUAGAUAUUUUCCAGUAAAAGUAAUUUUUAUGUCAAUUUGGUCCCCACAUAGACAAAUAUAUUUACUAACGAUGCGAUUUCGUUCUAAAAUAGAAAUCACGCAUUUGAACCCACAGCACCAUAAAACUGAAACAUUCGCAGGAAUCUUCCUUCGGCUCUAAGUUUCUAUAUUAUAAAUUAUAAUAAUUUUGAUAUAAGUGUUGUACAUAUUUAUGUCGAAAUAGUUUUAACGGUAGCAAUGCAACAUGCGUGAAUGGUCUCGAUAUAUUGUAUAGUACAUCGCAACCAUGUUCAGAGAUUUCAUGAGAUUUAUGUAUAUUUAAGACCCUCAUGUCAUAUUCAGAUCUGAAUCAUGU